ACCAAUCAACGAGAGCCAAACACUGGGAGCGCCACGAUAUCAUUGCGAUAACGUGUUGAGCGUUGGCAGUUAACAAACGGCGACGUCAACCACGCUCAAUCAGUUAACGGGCGCGUUGUGGUGCGGACGGCAAGCGCUGAGAACGGGGAGAGCCAACAGCCAACAGCCGAGAGCCAAGAGCCAAGAGCUGUGGCACUGGCGUUCGAUUAACGCCAACGUGGUGAACUGAACUGAACUGAACUGAAGACGAAAAGCAAAAAAUUCAUAAAAAUCAGGUGUGCAACUGCGAAAUGCUGGCCACAAGCGAAUAGCAGUGAUGGCUCAGCUAACGUAUGUGGGCCAAGGUGGGCAAGCGGCCCAUGGUCCUUGGCUCAACUCACUCAUGCUUCUGGUGAGUCUCGUAUUUGUGCUGCUGGGCAUCAAAAUCUGGGGCUUCCGGCGGCGUCUCACAUUCGAUAGCGGCGGGCGGACAACGACAACGCGCUCAACUCAGCAGCAGACGCAAACUGCUCCACGAUAUGCAGCCUACGAAUCGCAGGUAAACGGCACGGACAGCGCUGUACAUGGAGUAUUUCGCCAACGGAAUACCGAGGAAUUCGAAAGUGCCCGACCGACAAAUUCAACAGCGAAUAAAUACCUCACGGGCAGUGUACCCAAUCUGCAGCUGACCAAAUUGGCGCCAUAUGCAUACAAGGAGGAGACAAGCAUACCGGAACUGGCUGGGACAGUUCCGUACCGUCCAGAGCCUCAAGCAGCACGACGCAGACGACGUGAAGUGCAUAGCGCCAGUUAUGAAUACUAUUCAACGCCGCCUACACGCCAACCACCCGCACCGCCCAUAGCAGUGGCAGCUGCAGAGCCUCCCUCUCAGCUGGACAUUCCUAACUUUGAUCAUUUUGCCGAGAAAUAUAAGCUUAUUAGCGCCAAGGCCAGCAGCAAAGAGCCGAAGGAGCAUGGACGCUAUGUCAAGUAUGAGCAGGUCGAUGAUGUGCCGGAACUGUUAACGCCGGAUGAUGACCAAGUCGGAGCUGCCAUUUCUGUGGCUGCGCAAGUGCAUCACGUACCGGCUGUUAUUCAGACGCAAACGGAGCACGAGCUAAGCAGUGAAGCGGAGCCUGUCCCGGACACAGUGUACAACAGCCGAUUCCUUGAGCUGGAGCACGCGGAUUCGGCGUUCGUUGUGGAAAUUAUCGAUGGUACGCCCGAUUCAAUUGAGCAAACGGAUCCAGUUAUGGCCCGCAACUUAUUCGAUAAUCUGGAAAUGCCACAACAUAUGGAGGAUGCGGAGUUUGAGCGAAUUCGUUCCACCUACGAAAUGAAUGAAGCGGACAUCUUGGACAUGCAACCAGAUUUUGCUGAACUGGCGACCCAGCUACCAGCGCCUAGCAGCCCGCCAGGUUUUGGUAAGAGCAUUGACGAUGACUGGGAGAACUUUGAGAACUUGGAAAUUGUGACGGAUGUGCCCCAGUCCACUUGGUCAGUACUGGAUCCGUCCUGUACAGAACAGAUCGACGAAACCAACAUUGAUCUGGAAAAUGUGGUGCAGCAAGAGUCGCUCUUUCAAGAACUGGAACUAAUAGCGCCUGCAGAUGGACAGCAGACAGGGAGACAGCAGAUAACUGUCGAUUCCUUUGAACCGCCUCCGUAUGAUAUGGAGCCGCCUAUUCUACCUAUCCUGCCCGACUACGAGUCACUGAUGCAGCUGGAGGGGUCACAGAAUAACAAGAACUUGCCAAAAUACGCCGAUGUCGUAGGCAAGGGCAAGGGCAAGGGCAAGGAAAACGAUGCCAAAUACGUAAGCAGCAUAGAGGAUCUAUUCGUGGAGCUGCAAGUGAAUGGUGAGCCGCCCACUGGCAACUCCCUUCCGCUCGCCGAAGAGGUGCACAAUUUCGAGGAGCUUUGCGAGGAGCUGGAAAUUGCUGCAUCACCGGUGCCAGCACGCCGACCUCCACAGCCAGCGCCGCGCGUCUCCAAGCCGGCGACACUCAAUGUGCGCGGUGAUGCGCCACCAUUGACUUGCUACGAGCGUGAGGAAUUGCCCAGUUCCAGUUCAAGCGAGGCGGAAGUGGAGGAAAUAGCUAUUGCACCACCACUGCCGGCAGCACCACAGCCGACUAAGCGCAUUGGACGCACUCUGAAGGUGCGUUUCGAUGUGGACAACUUGCAAUAUUAUCAAUCUGCUGAGGUGCCCAGCUCAAAUGAGUCUGACGUUGAGUUUGAAUCUGCGGAUGAGCAGGAAAAGCCACAGUUGCCUUCUAGAUCUACGCAACGGUUGAUCCCAUUGCUUCCUGACGAGCCCUCGCCAAAUGCUGAACCCGAUGUGCCCAGACUCUUCGGCACUCAGGUCUCGCUGGAAGAUAGCGAUGACGAAGCAUUUGGACGCGCCAUACGCCAGCAUCGAUCCAUGACGGACGCACUGCGUCCAGUGUUUCACUUGGACCGCACGGCACAGGGUGACAGAAUCACAGAGGCUUAG